AUGUUAAAGAAGCCUUAAUAAUAACAGCCAACCAAACCAAGUACAAGAGUUGCCACAUUGGCCAAUGAUGAAAAUUAGCAACAACAGGUUAAUCUUGCUGUUCAUAUUGUAGAGAUCCGAAUAGGCCCAAAAAUACGCUUUGAAUCAAAUUGUUGGAAAUGGCACAUUUGGAAUGGUUUAUUUAGUAUGACUCAUUCUUCAUUGCUUUUAGGCCACCAAUUCAGUGACAGGAGAAAAGGUAGCAAUUAAGAAAGUGUUUCAGGAUAAAAGGUACAAAAAUAGGGAGCAUUUGAUCAUUUAAGAACUCAAUCAUCCAUGUGUCAUUAAGUUAAAGGAAGCCUUCUUCACCUAAGGAGAUAAAGUACAUAAGCAUUUGAUUAUUAGGGCGAUGAUGUUUAUUUGAAUUUGGUUAUGGAUUACAUACCUGAUACAUUAAGCAAAGUAGUUAGAUAUUACAGAAAAGCCAAAUAGCAAUUUCCCAAUGCCUUAUUAAAAGUUUAUGGAUAUCAGAUGUUCAGAGCUCUAGCAUAUAUGGAAGGUAACAUCUCUAGUUUAAAAUUAGGAAUCGGUAUUUGCCAUAGGGAUAUAAAACCAUAAAACAUAUUAGUUGAUCCAGCAACUCACGUUCUUAAGAUAUGUGAUUUCGGAUCUGCCAAGAAACUACAAAAGGGGGAACCAAAUGUGGCUUACAUUUGCUCUCGUUACUAUAGAGCCCCUGAAUUAAUUUAUGGAGCUACUGAAUACAGUACAGCAAUCGAUGUUUGGUCCAUCGGUUGUGUAAUUGCAGAGAUGCUUAUUGGAGAGCCUCUCUUUCCAGGAGAAAGUGCAACAGAUCAGUUAGUUGAGAUUAUUAAAAUAUUGGGAACUCCGACGUAAGAACAGGUCAAAAUGAUGAAUCCGUAACACAAAGAUUUCAAGUUCCCCCUCAUCAAAUGUCACCCUUGGUAAAAGGUAUUGGACAAUUGUUAAUGGCACUCUAGGUGUUUGCUAAAUUCAAACCAGACGCCUUGUUUAUUGAUCUUAUUUCCAAGUUGAUGGUGUAUCCCCCCAAAGAAAGAUUGAGACCGUUAGAAGCCUUGGCACAUCCUUUCUUUAAUGACAUAAGACAAGCAGGGUUCGGCAUUCCCAAUUAGACUUUACCAGACUUUUUUGAUUUUACUAAGGGUAAUUAAUGAGUGAGUAUUAUUUAUAGAGGAACUCUCAAUUCAACCUGAAAUCGCACCCAAAUUAUACCCAACUUGGUACCAAAAGAAAUAAUGAAAUUACAUAACUAAUUAUAUAUU